CUACAUAAGUCGCUGUUUGUGGCAUGCCAUAAGGUUGAAUUUAAGAGAACAGGAAAUCUCAAGAUGUGGGGUGUAAGGUUACUGGGUCAUAGUGUGAAUGGAGAAACGUAAAAAGGUGGGCCUGAAGUCAAUAUAUGCAGUAACAUUACUGCUGUAGCUAAGACAAGUUGGGAAGUUUUUACUCGUAUUAAGUUCUGCUAUUUAAGUGGUUUGUAAGUUGUUGAUUUGAAAAUAUAAGCUGCUAAUCCGUCUGGGCAUCACUGACGGACAAUUGCUAUAACCUCCCAAACACUCAUAGAAGAAAAGGAAACUUUCUGAAGGCAAAAUGGCGCCUAUUACUGUCAUUGAAACAAUUACCAUUACCCGGCCUCUAAAGGUAAUAGCAUUCUUGUGCGGUGCUCUGGCUUUAGCCUUGCUGGUUAUGUCAUUAGCGUCGACUGAUUGGCUGCUGGCCCAUGGUUGGCGUCAAGGUCUAUUCCUACAUUGUGUCGACGAGAUGGCAGAGAGACCCUUACCUUUUGGUCUAGAAGAAAAAGUCGGAUGUUACCGCGUUCGGGAUGAAUAUUAUAUUCAAUUUACAGCUGCCCUUUGCAUUCUCGCCUUGGCUACAGAUGUCUUUGCUACGCUUCUCACAGGUUUGGGACUACAGAGUGGAGAUCCGUUAAAGAAGCGGAAGUACUACCGCUUGGCCAUCUCCGUCAUGCUAGCAUCACUGGUGUCGGCGCUGGUUGCCCUGGUUCUGUACCCAGUUUCUUUCGCCCGCGAAUUACCGCAGGGAAACAGAUCCGUUUGGGAAUUCGGCUGGGCAUACGGAGUGGCUUGGGGUGCAGCCAUUUUCCUCUUUGGUGCCUGUGUCCUCCUCAUGUGCGAUAAAGAGGCGGAAGAAGUCUACUACAAGGAGCGUGACGUCCACCUGGCCGAGAAAUCGGGCGGCAAUUGAAAUGAAUGAAUCUCCUAAACCUUACUACCGAUUGUUUGUUUUGGUUCCUCCUCUCUUUUCGUACGUGUGUCGUGUGGUUUGCCUUUCCCUAAGUUAAGUCUAAUCUAAAAACACCACCCGUUUAUACAUAGACGUAGCGUUGUGUGCACACUCCCUUACGGUAGUCCAGCACUAGUUGCACUCGUUUGGUGGGGAAAAAAUCACGUACUUUCAUAUUGUAUUACUUUGCUUUAACGAGAAAAAUUUAUUCAAAUGAAACUAGUGCCGAUGACGAAGAAUAAGAGAUAUUUUACAAUAAGACAAUGAGACAUUGGAUCCAAUUCGGUGAUUGUUGUGUACUUUUUCACUCCCUGAAUUGAAUCGCACGAUUGCAAGCGGCCUUGUCGUCUCCCUCCUUUAUGCCCACUUUCCUCCCACCCACCAAUUUGUCGAAGGACGUAGGCUACACACCUGUUUCUAAUAGUAGGGAAAUGCUCUCGUGAAGCUCUGCUUGUCUCCCUCUCUUUCCCAGUUGCCCGUUUUUGUUUGUCACACGCCCCAUUCCUACUACUGUGUGAGUGUAAAUCCCCUACCUAUUGUACGGGGUCGGCGUGUGCACGUUCCGGCCUAAAACAUUAAUAUUCCUUUUCCCUCUUGUCAAAAGAAAACCCAAAAAUUCUCGCAAACGGAAGCCUUCACUUUGUAAUCUGAAGGUUACAUCCCAUUUUCUGUCUCUUUCUCUACAUUUACUUUAUGUAAUCACAUCUAGUCAGGGGGAAAAAAUAACAAUAACGGUUUGAAGAUAAUUACCAUUUGACAGCUACCCUCCAUAUUUACGGAACAGAAUACUCUUUUACAGUAUUAAGGCAUUUAUACAGCUUUUGGUUCCUUUUUGUUUUCGUUUAUUUCUGGUGAAUUUAUGGUAGAUUUAGUCGUGGGUGUGUUGUCAUUCGUGUCGGAAUUGUCGGAUUACUGAUCAAUUACUUGUCCACGCACAGCUUUGACCAUCACACACACACACAUACUACACUCUCUUUAACUGUCUGUCAUUAUUUAUUCCUUUCUUCUUGAUAUUCUGCACCAAAAGCCUCUUUCACCUUUAAUAUCUCAAAUACAUUUGAACUGAUUUUGUUCCGAGA